GGGCAGAAACAGUGGCAACUUUCUUACAGCAGGGAUAUGGAGAAUGUUGAUCAUGCUCAUUACCUCUUUGUGGGUCUGCCACGGUCAUCUGUUGGACACCUACAGAGCAGAUUGCUGGAUGAGAUGGGCCUUUGCCUUGAACCAGCAAGGUUCUCACCUGCCGCAACAAUUAAAACACAACAGCAGUGA